AUGGCACUCUUCAGGAGUGCUAUGGCACUCUUCAGGAGUGCUAUGGCACUCUUCAGGAGUGCUAUGGCACUCUUCAGGAGUGCUAUGGUAGUCUUCAUGAGCUCUGUGGCACUCUUCAGGAGUGCUAUGGCACUCUUCAGUGUGGCACUCUUCAGGAGUGCUAUGGCACUCUUCAGUGUGGCACUCUUCAGGAGUGCUAUGGCACUCUUCAGGAUUGCUAUGGCACUCUUUGGUAGUGCUAUGGCACUCUUCAGGAGUGCUAUGGCACUCUUUGGUAGUGCUAUGGCACUCUUCAGGAGUGCUAUGGCACUCUUCAGGAGUGCUAUGGCACUCUUCAGGAGUGCUAUGGCACUCUUCAGGAGUGCUAUGGCACUCUUCAGGAGUGCUAUGGCACUCUUCAGGAGUGCUAUGGCACUCUUCAGGAGUGCUAUGGCACUCUUCAGGAGUGCUAUGGCACUCUUCAGGAGUGCUAUGGCACUCUUCAGGAGUGCUAUGGCACUCUUCAGGAGUGCUAUGGCACUCUUCAGGAGUGCUAUGGCACUCUUCAGGAGUGCUAUGGCACUCUUCAGGAGUGCUAUGGCACUCUUCAGGAGUGCUAUGGCACUCUUCAGGAGUGCUAUGGAUCGUGGUUUCUUGCACUUCAACAAGUCGUUUGCAGUCCUUGGUUUUCAAGCCGGAUGUCCUGUAACUCGCUUGACAUAUCACCAACGUAACAAGCGCUUGAAGUUCCUGGUUUUUGAAACAAAGGUCUUGCAAUUUGCUUGA